GCCUGGGAUGCUUGUACUAUGUUAUUGUCACGAUAGACGGACUUUUCGAACACAACCGCCCUAAGAGACGCGGAUUCUUGUUUUAUUCAUGUAUGCAGCCCAAGCGUAACACUAAAAUUGAAGGAUAACACGGUUUCCUGUAGCCGUCGGCCGAGGACUUUAUGUUCUAUGACCACAGAGCUAUGAAGGAGGACUGAGAGAGUUAACGUUAGUUUACCUCAGUGUAGCUCUCCGUGAAUCCAGCAUGAAGCGCCCGGUGUUCGGCUUAUUCUCCGUCUGCGCUGUUUUCUUAGUCUGGACUUUGUUUUCGGCGCCGUGGGGUUCCUCAUACCCUCUCGACGGAGGAACAGACUCGCCGCAGCUGAGGUUCGUGGAGGAGUUUGAUCGGUUUAGGCUCGGGUUUAGCUGGCACAACAUGUCCUGCGCGGUGUGUAAAGCGAUCUUCGCCACGCUUGACAUCGCGCUCCUGAGUGACUCAAACAUGGAGCGUGUGGCGCAUGCUUUAGGAGAGGCCUGUGUUCGACUGCAUCUGGCCGAGGCUCAAGUAUGCAGAGAAAUCAUGGAGCUCUUCCGAAACGAUGUCAUCCUUGCGCUCCAGGAGUCCUUCCUCUGGCCCUCGGAGGCUUGCGCUCUACUGGUGGGACCAACGUGUGGCCAUUUUGAUAUUUAUGCACCCUGGAAUGUGUCCCUGCCGCAGGUCCCCAAACCCCCUGUUAAACCACCCAAACCUCCCAAAGAGGGUUCUCCACAGAGCCGAAUUCUCUUCCUCACGGAUAUCCACUGGGAUGCGCAGUAUGCUGAGGGCAGUCUCGUGGACUGUAAGAUGCCACUGUGCUGUCGAAAUGACUCUGGGAGAGCCAGUUGGAAGCAGACUGGAGCCGGAUACUGGGGCACAUAUGGCGAUUGUGACCUGCCUCUGCGCACAGUGGAGAACCUUCUCCAAAACAUUGUCAAAUCUGGCCCAUGGGAUUGGGUUUACUGGACAGGAGACAUUCCAGCACACAACGUCUGGUCUCAGACCCGGGCACAACAGCUGAAUGAGCUCGUCACCAUCACUAGACUCAUACACAAACACCUGGGGCCUAAUGUAACGGUUUACCCAGCGGUUGGGAAUCACGAGAGCACACCGGUGAAUAGCUUCCCUCCUCCGUUUGUACAUGGCAAUCGGUCGUCCCGCUGGCUUUAUAACACUAUGGCUGAGGAGUGGGCACCCUGGCUGCCAGAGGACGCCCUGGAGACGAUACGGCGUGGAGGGUUUUACACGGUUGAAGUUGAGCGUGGUUUGAGGGUUGUGUCCUUGAACAUGAACUUCUGUGCGCGAGAGAACUACUGGCUGAUGGUGAACUCCACAGACCCGGCGGGUCAGCUCCAGUGGCUCAUUCACAUACUACAAGAGUCCGAGAACAAGGGAGAGAAGGUCCACAUCAUCGGUCACAUCCCCCCGGGACUCUGCUUGAGCAGUUGGAGUUGGAAUUAUUAUCAUAUAGUGAACAGAUAUGAAAGCACCAUAACUGGUCAGUUUUUUGGACACACGCAUGUCGAUGAGUUUCAGAUGUUCUAUGAUGAAGAUACAUUGACUCGUCCGCUAAGUGUGGCUUUCAUCGCCCCAAGUGUGACCACUUAUGUCAACCUGAACCCAGGAUAUCGCGUUUAUUACGUGGAUGGAAACUACCCAGGCAGCAGUCGCAUGGUUUUGGAUCACGAGACUUUUAUUCUCAACCUGACUCUGGCCAACAACCAGCCCUCAAAACCUGACCCCAGCCCAUCCUGGACCUUACUGUACCGCGCGUCUAAGGCCUACGGUUUGUCCACACUCUUCCCAUCAGACAUGGACUCUUUGAUCAAAGUCAUGAAGAAUGAUGACCGUGUCUUCCAGCGCUUCUGGUACCUCUUUCAUAAAGGCCACGUCUCAGAGCCCUGCACAGACACUUGCAAGACUUCACUGAUCUGCCUUCUACACAGUGGACGACACGACCUCUUAACACAGUGUGACAUGCUACAUGGAGAUAAACGCUCUGUUAGGAAGACGAUGUGUUGAGAAAAUAUGAAACUAGAAUUCUAAUGGGUUCUUUUAGUAGCAUUUGUUAUGGUUGUACUUGAAAUCAUCAAAAGCUGACUUGCUAUAGACCACUAUUCAAAGCUGUAAGGUAUCUGGUCAAGAUGGGGUUAAAAAAAAAUCUGCAGUUUUGUGAAGAUGUGAACUUUAGAGCAUACAACCAAAGUAAAGUAUAACUGGUUGUCAGUGGAACAGGAAGUGACUUCACUGAAUCAUGGCGUGUUAGUGCCUCAUAAAAACCACAACUACUCAAACGUCUUUGUCCUCGUUCUCACUCAUGUGGUUCAGUUUGAUUUGCGUCACUCUUGAUCGGAUUGUGGUCUGUCACUUUAGAAGUGUUCUGUGUUAUCACUUCCUGCAUUGACCUAUAGAUUGCACACUGAAGCCCGCUGAAGGCUUAUUGUAAAAGAAAAUGGUUUCAACCACAAGUCGUUAAAUUUAAUUGUUCAUGCAAGGAUGAAGAGAUUCUGUGGUCAUGUGAUUGUUUCUCUUCUCUGUGUGAACUGUCACAAUUGCUGAAAAAUGAUUUUGCAAUUCUAGUGGGAUUUUAUGAAUGUUGAAAUGGAUUGUCUGAGGUUUGUGAUUAAUAAUUAUUUUGCAAGGUGAUUUGUCUCUAGAUUUAAACCAUGUGCAUUACAGUUCAAAAAGUUUGGGUUCA